CAGUGUUCUCUCACCUGGGUACAUGAUAUAAGGAUUACCUGAACUCUACCUCAACAAUCCCUCCCCAUGGCCCCCAUAUCUAUUCCCCAAGAUUCUAACGCUCAGGGCGUUGUUGACCAGAUUGAACGCCAGUUCACUCUGUCUCCCGAAACGCUCAUUGACCUUACCAAGGCCUUCCUCAAUGAGUUCGAACUCGGACUAGGCAGCUAUGGUCAUCCGAUGGCAAUGAUUCCCACAUUCGUCACUGGCGUUCCCGAUGGCACAGAAACCGGCACUUUCCUGGCACUUGACCUUGGAGGUACCAACAUGCGCGUCUGCGAAGUCGUUCUAAACGGCGACAAGACUUUCAACCUGAUCCAACAAAAAUUCAAAGUUAGCGAAGCACUCAAGUCUGGGGAAGCAACAGCCUUGUUCGAUUAUCUUGCUGAUUCCGUACAUACGUUUUUGAUCACUCACGCGACUACCAAGUACGCGUCCCCUCACAGUGUCGAUGCUGGCGCAGCCCCUACCGGCGACAUCGUCCAUCUAGGGUUGACUUUUUCAUUCCCUGUUGAGCAGACCGCCCUCGGUGCUGGCAAGAUCCUCACGUGGACCAAGGGAUUCUCUGCGACUGGCGCUAUUGGAAACGACGUCGUCAAGCUUUUGCAAGACGCCUUUGACAGAAAGAGUAUGCACGUUAAAUGCGUCGCCCUUGUGAACGACACUGUAGGAACUCUCCUGUCUCGUUCGUACAUUGCAGGUGGCUCUAUCGUUGGUGCUAUUUUUGGCACCGGUACAAACGGUGCAUACAUCGAAGAAGUUGCAAAAAUACGAAAAUUGGCCAACACGCCUAUUGCUGAGAAGGGUGGAUAUAUGGUCGUGAACACCGAAUGGGGCGCGUUUAACAAUUCGCGCUCUCAUCUUCCUUUUACAUCUUUCGAUAAUGCUGUGGAUAGACUCAGCAUCAAUCCCGGCUUCCAAGCAUUCGAGAAGUUCAUCUCCGGAAUGUAUCUUGGUGAGAUCGCGCGGCAAGUCCUUGGAUCCUUGGUCGACGCUGUGCCACCAAUUCUCUUUGGCGGAAAAGGAACACCUGUUCUUAACGCACAUUACGGCCUUGAUACUAGCUUUAUGAGUAACAUUGAGACGGCGUGGGACGACAACGACCACCACACAAUUCCUUCUUUAGAUGCCUUUGACCAAGAACAACUGCACCCCCAUGUUAGGGCCAAGCUAGACCGUAUCCGACAGGUGAUUGUCGAAGAUCUGGCCUUUCAGAGCGAGAAAGUGACGCUGAAAGACGCCGCAAUUGUCCGUACGAUCUGCUAUAUCGUGGCUCGACGCGCCGCAACACUCAGCGGAGUGGCACUUGCCACUGUUCUGGUACAGACGGAUUACGCCAGUCUUCCCGGCCAGGCUAAAUCUCUCAAGAAUGAGAAAGAGACGAUCAAUGUCGGUGUGGACGGGAGCUUGAUUGAAAAGUACCCCGAGUUUGAAAAGGAUCUUCGAGAGUCACUGCGAGUGGUUGUCGGGGAAGAUGUCGAGAAGAGGGUCGACAUUGGACUGGCAAAGGAUGGGAGUGGAGUGGGUGCUGCUCUCUGCGCCCUCCAAGCCUUGAAGCAAAUCCAUUAGCAGGCCGGGUUUUAAGUUUUGGAAAAGUGAAGUAAUUAUAGAAGUGUACAGGAGCAAUGUAUCGAUGCCUGUACUGAUUUUAUAUCAUCCAGCCGAUAUUUUCUGGAUGAUUCACCU